AUGGCCGAAGAGAACAGUGCGUCACGAGUGUUGAUUUCGUGUCUCCAAGCGUCACACAGAGCAUCGCGUCUUCGCUUUCUGCUUCGGCGGCCUUUAAAUGAAUUAUUUGAUCUACUAAAUACCAUUCAAGCAACAGCUUUAGAGCCUCACGGACCCAUUAAUGACAGUAACAGAAUGCCUGAAUUUCCACCCAAAAGUUGUCGGAAUGACUCACUUCUUGCUCAAUGGUGCGCUCAAAUGACGGCAUUUCUAUCUACUCAUCGCUGUGGUAUGUUAAAGCUGCAUCCAGAUUGGCUGAAAUUUUUGAUCGAGCGCGACGAAGACAAAGGUGCUCGGAUGCACAUGACGGCAGUGGAUUUCAUCUUACAACCUUUUCCAAUGGACAAAUGUUAUAUACCAAGAGGAUCUCGCCAUGAAAUUGUGAUAGACGUUAAAGAGCAGCAAGAUCAUAGUAUGCCACGAUAUAUUGUGUGGAAGUUUGAACUUGAAGAUUUUGACGUGGAUUUUAGCGUUUCGUAUGCUCCAAAACCGUAUGAACAGCCAGUUGAGAUCGUUCAUGCACGAACUAGAUACUUAUCAACGACUACAAGUCGUGCUGUUGAAGGAUCAUACCGAUGUUUAAAACCAGGAAAAGCUACGUUGGUCUGGGAUAAUUCGUACUCAAGACUUCGAGGAAAGAAUGUAUUGUAUCAAGUUCAAGUUAUUACUAGUAGCAUAAUGGAGUCAGCAAUAACAGCAGCAGAUGCGCUGGAUGAAGCAGUACAAGCAGAAAAGAUUCGUGAUGAAAAACGGGAUGCUGCUCUCUCCACUGCGCUUAUUGUAAGCUCGGGAACUCCAUUAGAUCAAGUAUCUGGAUAUUCUGCGUACAUUCCAGAUGCCAUUGCUCAGCAAAGUUGGCUACUCAGCACACCAAUCAACGUAGCAGGACAUUUGGCAUGGAAACUUUUUGGCUCUCCCGAAAAGUUAGCGGUCGUCUCAGCAUCAAGAAAUCAACAUAGCAGCGGAUCCGAUAGUGAAGCUCGCAGUUUGUUGGAAGAAUUAAAUGGACUUAACAUGCAGCUAAUGGAACGAAUGGAGAGUUUGGAAGACAGUGUUGGCAAGUUGACUACAGAACGCGAUCAAGAACGCUCAAAAACACACAUGGCAAUAGCGAAACAUGAAAAUUUUGCCAUUGAACUCAAGGCUAGGGAGCAAGAGUUGGCAUCAUUAAAAGGGGAACUCGAGCGGAUUCAAAGAGAACGUCAAGCAUGGCGAGAAAUUCAAGCAGAACGAGAUGCUUUGCUUGAAGAAAAACAUCGUUGGGCUAUGAUGGAUGAUUUUGAUGGAGAUGGUGGAGAAAUAUCCAACUAUGCAACGGAAAUGGACAUGACAGCCAGGAAUAGACUAGAACAGGAACUUGGGCAGGCUGAAGCAGCAGUACUAAGGUGUCGAGCAGAGUUGGGCUAUCCUUUAAGUAAUCAUUUAACCGGUACUUCUACUCGAUUGGAAAAAGUUGCGAGGGAAAUGACAGCAACGAAACAACAGUACGAAGAGAGAAUGCAAGCUUGGGAGAAUGAACGAUUGCAAUUGACACAAGAAUUGGUGAAAGCUCGAGGUCAACGACGUGUGCUCGUGACGGAAAUACGCAACAUGCGGACACAGACAGAAGGCCAAAUUGCUGUUGCUAUGGCGGAAGCGAGUGAAGCGCGAAUGGUAAACCAGAGGCUGAAAAGACAGAAUGAAUUGUUACUGACUCAGAUCCGAACGCUUAUAAACGAAGCAGAAGAUCAUGAAAAGAAGCUUAUAGAUGCUCAACAAGAUUUUAAACAUCAAACACAAGGCUUGCACCUUCAGUCUCAAAGUGUUUCUGAGACAGAAACUUCUAUGGCAAUGCUCAACCUCUCCGUCAAAAAGUUUGAAGAUGAAACUACGACGCAGGACAAGGAGUCGCCCGUUCCAUAUACUUUAAGCGAGAAUGACAUUGCGAUCUUGAAUGGAUGUUCACCGUCUGUGCAGAAGUCUUUGUUAGAGCAAGAGAGUCAAGUCCAGACGAGCUCGACUGCUUCGUAUCGUGCACGACUGGUUGCAUUCCUUAAAGAACGUGAUCCAGAAAAAUUGAUCGAAGUCGAUGAGAUGCUUGCUAGCUACAAAGGUGUCGAGGCUUCUUUAUUCGAGAGUCUAGAGUUAAAAUAUAGUUUCAUGGAAUUGAAUCGGCGAAUAGCACAAUCAAUGUAA